UCGCAGGCUUUGUUCUACCAUUUCCAAAGCAGCGAGGAAAGAAGGUAGCCAUUACAGAGUGGUCUGUGAAAUCUUACCAAACCCUGGUGCAGCGGACGCCGUAAGACUGGACAAAACAGUGUUGAUCAAAACAUUUUCGACAUAUUAAGCGAGUAGUAACAAUAACAAAAUGGAGAACGAAAGCAAAUAUCUUCCAGAACUGCUGGCAGAAAAAGACAGCUUGGAUUCGUCGUUCACUCAUGCAAUGAAACUUGUAACUGCAGAAAUUGAGAGGAUUCAGAAGGGCGAGCCAAAAAAAGAGGAAGGAGAGACCUACUUGGACCUUUUCACUGCAAAGAAUGUCAAAUUGAAGGAGAGAGUGCUCAUUCCAGUCAAGCAGUACCCCAAGUUCAACUUUGUGGGGAAGAUUCUGGGUCCCCAAGGGAACACAAUUAAGCGCCUCCAGGAGGACACGGGCGCCAAGAUCUCCGUCUUGGGAAAAGGGUCCAUGAGGGACAAAGCCAAGGAGGAGGGUCUGAGAAAAAGCGGUGAGCCCAAGUAUGCCCACCUGUCCAUGGAGCUGCACGUCUUCAUCGAGGUGUUCGCCCCGGUGCCAGAGGCCUACCUGCGCAUGGCCCACGCUAUGGAGGAGGUCAAGAAGUUCCUGUUUCCUGAUAUGAUGGAUGAUAUCUGCCAGGAGCAGUUUAUGGAGAUGAGCUACCUGAACGGGGGCCAGGAGCCCGGAACCCGGGGCAGAGGAGGCCCACCAGUCCGAGGACGUGGAGCACCCCCACCGCCUGCGCCUGGGGCCAGGGGCCGAGGAAUGGCACCACGCGGAGGUGCCCCACGGGGGGGCCCGGCCAGGGGCGGAGCCGUUAGGGGUGGUCCCUCAGGGCGCGGCGGACCCCCCGCCCAGCCUGCCCGAGGGGCAGCAGCUGGCCGCGCCAGGCCCCCUGCACCAGGGCCACAGAGGAUGCCCCCUUCACACCCCCCAGCGCCCGAGCCCUACGAAGAAUAUACCUAUGAAGAAAGCUACACUGAGCCAACUUAUGAAACAUAUGACAAUUACUACACUCAACCACAGGCAGAACCUGAGUACUAUGACUACGGGCACGGGGAAGCACAGGAGGCAUACGAGCCGUACGGUCAGGAUGACUGGAAUGGAAACCGGGCUUCUGGCGGUGGAAAAGCCCCCCAGUCCAGGCCAGCCACCAAAGGGCCGUACAGGGAACACCCUUAUGGAAGAUACUGAAAUGGGCAAAGAGGAAGUUCAUGUUAAGCACGUUGCCCUGACAACCUACUGUCUCCAUUGGCAGCUCUCGCUUUAAGCAACCACACAAAAGCAAUAAAAUGGAGGCUGGACAAAGAUGAUGGAAAGAGAUGAGCUGCACUCUGUUUGCUCAGGGGCUCUGCAGAACACUCUUAAGGGUGGGAGUCUGUCCAACAUUAUGGCCUGAACAAAAAUGUGAAUGGGAGAAAGUGGUAGAGAAUGCCACUGCCAUCUGUGAAGACCCCAAACCUGUCCCCUUCCAAAUAAUGCAGAACCCAAAAACCGUCCUUAUGAUUGCAUCACGCCACCUGCUCUCGAUUGCUCAUUGGUUGUAGUUGACUGUAUUGUGGGUAGCGAUCUGAAAAUUGUGCAGUUUGAGAGAGAAUAUCUUCAGAACCAUCAUCAUCUUAUUAACUCUGCCCACAAGGAUAAGGCGUUUCAGUCACGUACAUUUUACCCAGGUAUCCCCACCCACUGAAAACUUGGCAUUUAGCCAAGGGGGUAAGCAAGCCAAUCUCGGCAAAGGCUUUUCUUUGUUCCCCCCUGAAGAAUCAUUUAAAAGUAUUUCUGGACCAUAUUUGAAUGCAAAAAAGUAUAACGCAUGAGCAAAGAAUUUACAGAUUUCAGUGUCCUGGACCUUUAAUGGCAUUUUUACUCACUUUUUCACAAUUCGGGCACCAUAAUGUUUGUGACAUAUUAACAUUGUGUAAAUGAAAGCAGUCAUAUUUAGUUAGUACUUUGUCGCAUAUACUUUGCAUGCAAUGACUGCUUAAAUCUGUGACCAAUAGACAUCACCAGGUGCUGCGUAUCUUCUCUGGUGAUGCUCUGCCAGGCCUGUACUGCAGCCGUCUUCAGCUCCUGCUUGUUUCUGGGGCUAGUUGCGUUAAAUGUUCUCUUCAGCAUGUGAAACACAUGUUCAAUUUGAUUCAGUUCAGGUGAAUUACUUGGCCAGUCAAGAAUUUUCUAGUUUUUGGUUUUGGAAACCUCCUUUGUUACUUAGCAGUAGGUGUGGGAUCAUUGUCUUGCUGUUGGGUUGAGCGCCGUCCAAUGAUUUUGGAGGCAUUUGCUUGGACUUGAGCAGAUAAGAUGCUUCUGUGCUCUUCAGAAUUAAUUCUGCUGCUGCUAUCAGCAGUUACAUCAACGAAGGCAAGUGAGCCAGUAUCUGCGUCAGCCAUACUUGCCCAAACUGUAACACAUCAGUCUACAGCUGUGUAGGUCUUCCUUGGAUUUUGCGAUUACUGAGAUCACCGGUGAUCUUUCUUCUUAAUGAAGUUCCAAACAGUUCAUUUUGAUAAGCUUGGUUUGGCCUAAUUCUCAAGUUUAGCAUCAAGACUAGAUACUGAAGCUGUCUUAUACCUGCACUGAGGAAGCAACUGAACACACCUGACUAAGCAGAAAAGCCUGCAAAGCCAUUUGUCCCAAAUAUUAUGGUGACCUGAAAUGGGGGGGAUAUGCGAAUAAGAAGUGAUGUAAUUUCUACAUGGUGAAACCAAAAUGUAUUAAAAUGCCCUUUAAUACAAGCUGAGAAUGUACGCACACUACAUAUAUUAACUGUUUGAUUGCAAAUCUAAAAUUGUGCCGUACAGAAAUAUGAACAUAAUCUUUUUUUCUGAACAUUAUAGAGCUCGCUGUGUAUGUGUGUAUUUUUGCCUUAUUUGUGCUUCCUUAUUACCAGCACAAAAUUUUAAAUAUAUUUUAUUUAUGCAAGGCAAGCGAUUUUUCCACCACAGUUUUGUACAUAAUCGAAUAUGCAAGAGGAUUUAAAAUGCAUUCCGGUUCCGUUGCCUGUUUCAAGGUUCUGUUAUCCUCAGAAUGAAUUGCUAUGGUAAUGUCUGUGGCUUCAUUCUGUUGGCAGUGUGGGUGGAAAGGGGAAGGGUGAGCUCUGAAUGUAAAAACGCCGCCUGCAUCCACAACCAUCAGCUGGCUUGCAACUGCGGUUUGUGCCCUUAUCCCUUUUAGCCUCUCUCCCCCCCGUCCCCCCCCGUCUAUAAAAGAUGGUUUUCGCAUGAGAAAUCAUUUGUGGUGUUGACUUGUAGGUCACGCACGUGCGCGCGCACCCAUGUGAGGAGUUCAGCCUUCCUAUAAACUCGCUUCAGGCCAGCCGUUCCCUCCAGUCCCCCCCCACAGCACUGCAGGUAAUGCUGAUGGCAGCAUUUGAAACCGGGCUGUGUGGUAUAAUGUUAAGCACCAAUCGCUCAUGGCUGUAGAUUUAAUGAGCGUUAGCCUCUGCCUGGGCUCCAUUUUAAAAAAUUGAAAAUCUGUGAGAAGCGAUCUGUAAUGGACACAAAUGCAAAGAGAAUCCCUAAAAGCGGAUAAUGGGACAACUCCAUUAGUGUUGUGUCGCUGAAUGGAGGGGUAAAAAAAGAUCUUCAGCGGUAUAUAAUAUGGCAGAAGGCUUUAAAAUGUGCCAUUGCUAAUGAUAGGGGUCAUGCUUUCAGUAGCUUAGAUCAGGUUGGUGGUGGCAGAUUAAUAUAAUACAAAAGAUGAAAAGCACAUUGAUGCUGACUAUCAGAUGGUGGACACAUUGUGGUUUUUCAAUGGGUGGCUGCCUGUGGAAUUAAAAAAGUGCUCGUGUUUUUCUCCCUUUGUGGGAUAAAUGUAAGAAGAUGGCCCAUUUUUAAAACCGCAUAAUGCCAUUCAGCCCAUUUGUUUUUUUGAAACCCGUGCUAAUUGAGCACCAGCCUGCAGUGGCACAGGUUCAGCCUCUGCCUUUGUCCAAACAUGGCUGUUUAAACCAUGCCUGUACAUUGCACUUUCUCAGUCACCAGACUCGGAAUGAUGAACCCAUGGCUACAUGGGUUCUGCAUUCUAAAAGUUUUCUGAGACUGCCAUUGGUUACAGCUUGUAUAUGUUCAAGAUGCUUGACUAUUUAAUUUGUCUGGUCCAAUGGAUCGCCAAGGUUUCUGGUGAGUGCGUCUCUGCUCAUGAAUAUUCAUGAACAGUCGCAAUGUAUUUGAUGCUAGAAUGAUGGCAUCCAAACCACAUAACAGUUUUUCUAAUUAAUAUUCAUAUGCAUAUGUUAUUCCUGGGCAGAAAUACACUUUGGAAGGGCCAGAAGUAGAUGGAAUGACUUGUGAGCAGAAUCGUUCGUUUUUGUUGUAGCUACAUGAAGGUUGUGUGCGAGCAGUUGUGUAGGAACAGAUGUAACGCUAGAGCAAGGACAGAUCUGACAAACGAAGGGCAUCAACCUGCAGUGAUUUCAGACCACUGAUCUACACAACUUUUGCCUGGAGUACUUUGUUUCCUACUGUCUUUUGUUCAGUUUUUAAUAAAAUACGUUUUUGACUUUG